CCGACGGGGAGAUUUACAUGGAGCGGUAAAAGCAUGAAGUGUGGACCUGUAAUUAUGUUCGCACCUCCAGCUUUGGAAUUGGUGUUGUUUUUAUGCACAAUUGGAUUGUCCAGUGCUGCACCUCACCUGAACACCCGGGAUGCGUCGUCCGACUUCAGGCACCCCCGCGCAGCCUUAGAGACUACAGGAGAACCACUCAGCGCCUCCACUACAAGCCAUUUAUCCGAGGACAAGUCCGCCGAUGCCACAAUUGCCGGGCUCACGCCGGCUCCCACAACGACUGUGGCAGGACGGACAGCCACCGCCACAAUAGCGCCUACGAGUGUACCCAGCAAAACCACUGUUAGGAAAAAUGAGGACGCUGUGACGGGUUUAGUCCAUGCGACUUCUGCUUCGGCGUCAACAAUUUCUCUGGAUAAAACAACAGUUAGCCAAAGGGCGACUAAUUCGCUGUCCACGAAAGACACCGCUUCACCACAAGUCCCCACUACAAAGAUCAGCCAAGACCUGCUGUGUAACUGCAGCAGCGAAGGCGUGUCAGACCCGGAGGAUUGUGAUGAGGGAACGGGUCAGUGCUCCUGCCUGUUGGGCUACACGGGGCUGCAGUGUGAGGACUGUGAGGAGGGGCACUUCACCAACGGCUCCACGGGCUGUCUGCCCUGCGGCUGCGACUCUUACGGGGCCGUCGAGGACCGCUGCAACAGCUCUGGCGCUUGCGUAUGCAAGACUGGCGUGUUCGGGCCUAAGUGUGAUGACUGCCACCCUGGAUUCUUCAGAUUCAGCAGUACCGGGUGCCGGCCCUGCCAAUGCAGCAACCACUCCAGCUACUGUCACCCUCAGUCCGGCACCUGUCUGGACUGCCAAGACAACACGAAAGGCCCCAGCUGUGAGGAGUGUGCUGAGGGUUUCUACAGGAGGCCCGGGGCUGCCCUGACAGAUGCCUGCGUCGCCUGCCCCUGCUUCCACAACACCUCCACGGGCAGCUGCCGCCCCGACUCCGGCGGCGGGGCGGUGUGUGAGCAGUGCCGUGUGGAGUACCGGGGCGCGCUCUGUGACCGCUGCAGCGACGGGUUCUUCCGCUCCGACGGCGCCUGCCUGCCCUGCGACUGCAACGGCAACGCGGACGCCAUGGCGACGCCCAGCCUGUGUCACCCGGAGACGGGCGGCUGCCUGAGCUGCACCAAUCACACGGCCGGGCCUCGCUGCGAGCUCUGUGCGCACGGAUUCAGCGGGGACGCCCUCGCCCACUCCUGCACUCCCACCGCCAUAGGAGUCCCCACACCGACACACGUCACCACGACAACCACCCCGGCAACCAGGACCACAACCGGCGUCACGGCGACCGCCGCCAACUCCACGGGAGGGCGGGUGGGCGUGGCCACCACACAGGCCCUGCUGACCAGCCUGGGCGUGCCCACGGACAACGCCACGACGACGGUCUCCGAGGUGUCCUGGGCGCAGUUCAACGUGGUGGUCCUGGCGGUGAUCAUCGUCACCGUGGUGCUCCUGAUGGGCGCGGCGGGCGGGGCCUACAGCUACCGCGAGUACCGCAACCGCAAGCUGAACGCGCCCUUCUGGACCAUCGAGCUGAAGGAGGACAACAUCAGCUUCAGCAGCUACCACGACAGCAUCCCCAACGCCGACGUGUCCGGCCUGCUGGAGGAGCCUGGGGACGCCCCGCCCAACGGCCACGCCGCCCUCAGCAGCCCCAGGAACGUGUAUAAGACUUAGGCCACGCCCUGCCCAACGGCCACGCCGCCCUCAGCAGCCCCAGGAACGUGUAUAAGACUUAGGCCACGCCCCGCCCAACGGCCACGCCGCCCUCAGCAGCCCCAGGAACGUGUAUAAGACUUAGGCCACGCCCCGCCCAACGGCCAUGCCUCCCUCAGCAGCCCCAGGAACGUGUAUAAGACUUAGGCCACGCCCCGCCCAAUGGCCAGGCCUCCCUCAGCAGCCCCAGGAACAUGUAUAAGACUUAGGCCAUGCCUCCCUCAGCAGCCCCAGGAACGUGUAAUAAGACUUAGGCCACGCCUCCCUCAGCAGCCCUAGGAACGUGUAUUAGACUUAGGCCACGCCUCCCUCAGCAGCCCCAGGAACGUGUAAUAAGACUUAGGCCACGCCUCCCUCAGCAGCCCUAGGAACGUGUAUAAGACUUAGGCCACGCCUCCCUCAGCAGCCCCAGGAACGUGUAUAAGACUUAGGCCACGCCCCGCCCAACGGCCACACCGCUCUCAGCAGCCCUAGGAACGUGUAAUAAGACUUAGGCCACACCCCCUUUCAGAAGCCACACCCUUCAAAGAAGUGCCACAAACAUGUAUAAGAACCUUAGGACACGCCUCCCACUGCAGCCCCAAAAACAUGACACACCCCAUCCCAGAUUGCAUACCCAGGCUCCUCCUCCCAAACACGUCCACCCAGGAGCUAAGCCUGGGGUGGUCUCUGGGUGGAGGUGUGGUCUCUGGGCGGAGGUGUGAUAUCUGGGCGGAGGCGUGGUCUCUGGGCAGAGGUGUGGUCUCUGGGUGGAGGCGUGGUCUCUGGGCGGAGGCGUGGUAUCUGGGCGGAGGCGUGGUCUCUGGGUGGAGGCGUGGUCUCUGGGCGGAGGCGUGGUAUCUGGGCGGAGGUGUGAUAUCUGGGCGGAGGCGUGGUCUCUGGGCGGAGGCGUGGUAUCUGGGCGGAGGUGUGAUAUCUGGGCGGAGGCGUGGUCUCUGGGCGGUGGCGUGGUAUCUGGGCGGAGGUGUGAUAUCUGGGUGGAGGCGUGGUCUCUGGGACAAUGGCCUGUCGUGUGUGAAGACUGAAAUCACUGGAAGCAACACAACCAACAAUCACAAAAAACAGCAAAGACAAAACAAAGAAAAGACAAAGGAAAAGCCUAUGCAGAAAUGCAAUAUUCCCAGGACUGGCCAGAGGAGCGCAGUAGUGUGUGGUAGUCUGGGGACGGACGCAGCACGUGGAUUUCUAUUCUUCAUUCUCCCUUCCUUGUGGAUGGAUUGGUGCCAGAGGUGACUGAUUGCUGCCGAAGGCUAGACGCCCUGAUGUUGUCUGAGUGUGUGGGAGGGUGGCGUAUCGGGGCACGUAGGCCAUGCAAUGAUGCUGUGGAUUGCAGAAUACAUCCGAGGACUCGAGUGCCGUCCACUUCACAAGCGUGUGCAUGCGUACACGCAAUCCAUUUCUUUGUGAGAAAAGGUCACAAAGCUUCCCGUCUUAUGAGAAAUGGGCUAAGUAUAGACCUUAGGGAAGUUACUAAGCAUGGAACAUGGAGCAGACCAGAAUUGCAUCAUGAGUGAUGAGUGGUCUUGUGACCAGCAGAGGUGACAACUAAGCCAUAGUGCCAUAGUCUUUCACACUGACUCUGUACAUGCACACCAUAUAUUGGUUAUUGCCAUUAUUCUGAAUAUGACAAUAUUGCCAAUAAGCCGUUUACGUGACCCGUCUUAUUGUGAAUUAUGUGGGAGCAAGACUGCGCUGGUGAACGCAGUCAUCAUUCUGCUACAGCGCAGGACAUGUGGCCAGUGCACAAGGCGUCCCUUCACCGGAAACAAACUCAUGUGAAUGAUUUCCUCAACUUCCUGGAUGAAAAAAAGAGCUUUGUUUUUUUUCCGUUUUGUUCAUUUAUUUUAUUCGUUUAUGAUUUCUUCAUAAUCUAUUGCUGUAGUCAGACAGUCAGAUUCCAGGACAGUCAGACUCCAGACAGUCAGGGCAGUUGGGGGCGUGUGCUGUAGUUGCAGUAUUCACUUUUCUUGAGAAAGAGGUCAUCGUGUGCUUAGGGGCCGGGGGGGGGGGGGGGGGGGCUGUGAUUCAAUAUGUAUCCAUCAUUUUGACAAACAGCUGAAAGAAAGAAUCAGUUUGGUUUUUAGUUCAGCAAUGAAACUAAUUUGCCAAAACUGGAAAAAGUAUAAGGCUUGCCUUCAUUUGUUAAAGUCAAGGAUAAAGGUGGAAUGAAUACAGGUCUGUGUGUGUGCGCGCUUGUGUGUGUAUGUAUAUUUUUGUUAAUUUAUCUGCAAGAUGUUUGAACCCCCGAGUGAAGAUAGAUUGAAAAAGAGCAGAUGUGUGUGUUUAUGUAUAUAUAUGUGUAUGUGUGUGUGUGUGUGUGUGUGUGUGUGUGCGUGUGUAUCCUACUGUAUAUGUAUAUUUGUGUGUGUGUGUGUGUGUGUUGGUAUGUUUGUAUGUGUCCUACUGUAUGUACAGUCACUGAGCACUUUAUUAGGAACAUUUUUACUUUAUUGCACCUUCUUAUUCAUGAAAUUAUCUAAUCAGCCAAUUGUGUGGAAGCAGUGCAAUGCAUACAAUCAUGUAGAUACAGGUCAGGAGCUUCAGUUAAUGUUCAUCUCAACCAUCAGAAUGGGGAAAAAUGUUUAACUCAGUGACCUUGUCUGUGGAAUGAUUGCUGGUGGCAGACAGGGUGGUUUGAAUAUCUCAGAAACUAGUCUCUAGAAUUUGCAAAGAAUGGUGCGAACAAAAAACCACCCAAAAAAUCCAGUGAGCAGCAGUUCUGCAGACAGAAAUACCUUCUUAAUGAGAGAUGUCAGAGGAGAAGGUCCAGACUGGUCAAAACUUACAGGAAGGUGACAGUAACGCAAGUAACCACAGAUUACAACAGUGGUAUGCAGAAGAGUAUCUAUGAACACUCAUCACAUCAUAACAUUAAGUGGACAGGCUGCAGCAGUAGAAUAAAAAAAAAAUAGUCGAAGAAAUACUUAAUAAAGUGCUCAGGGAGUGUAUAUUUGUGUGUGUGUGUGUGUGUGUGUGUGUGUGUGUGUGUGUGUGUGUGUGAGUUGCUGGUAUGACUACUAUAUCAGCCCUUCCUGUCUCCGGCAGACCGGAGUGGUCUAGCUGGGGAGUAGGGAGUGAUCAGCAGAGAGAGUACAGUCUUUAUCCAGCAGAGAGCUUGCAGUCUUUAUCCAGCAGAGAGAGCAGAAAGAGUGUACAGUCUUUAUCCAGUAGGGAGUGUACAGUCUUUAUCCAGUAGAGAGUGUACAAUCUUUAUCCAGUAGAGAGCGUACAGUCUUUAUCCAGUAGAGAGCGUACAGUCUUUAUCCAGUAGAGUGUACAGUCUUUAUCCAGUAGAGAGCGUACAGUCUUUAUCCUGCAGAGAGAGUAGUCUUUGUCCUGCAGAGAGCUUACAGUCUUUAUCCUGCAGAGAGCGUACAAUCUUUAUCCUACAGAGAGCUUACAGUCUUUAUCCUGCAGAGAGAGUACCAUCUUUAUCCUGCAGAGAGCUUACAGUCUUUAUCCUGCAGAGAGCUUACAGUCUUUAUCCUGCAGAGAGCUUACAGUCUUUAUCCUGCAGAGAGCUUACAGUCUUUAUCCUGCAGAGAGAGUACCAUCUUUAUCCUGCAGAGAGCUUACAGUCUUUAUCCUGCAGAGAGCUUACAGUCUUUAUCCUGCAGAGAGCUUACAGUCUUUAUCCUGCAGAGAGAGUACCAUCUUUAUCCUGCAGAGAGCUUACAGUCUUUAUCCUGCAGAGAGAGUACCAUCUUUAUCCUGCAGAGAGCUUACGGUCUUUAUCCUGCAGAGAGAGUACCAUCUUUAUCCUGCAGAGAGCUUACGGUCUUUAUCCUGCAGAGAGCUUACAGUCUUUAUCCUGCAGAGAGCCUACAGUCUUUAUCCUGCAGAGAGAGUACCAUCUUUAUCCUGCAGAGAGAGUACCAUCUUUAUCCUGCAGAGAGAGUACCAUCUUUAUCCUGCAGAGAGAGUACCAUCUUUAUCCUGCAGAGAGAGUACCAUCUUUAUCCUGCAGAGGGAGCAGAAAGAGCGUAGUCUUUACGCUCUGCACGCACCACCCUCACACCCUCACCUAGCCCAUUCUCAGGCUCCACCCCUUCACCGUGAAUACCUGUUUAUACCUUUAAAUAUGAACCGGACCUUGUACAGAUUAAUGUAAAUAAUAGAACACUAUUGUACAGGUAGAGCUCGUGCACGUCCUGGCCCCAGCCCUGCAGAUGUAGGGAGAGGGGGUGUGGGUGAGGGGGGAGGGACAUAUGAACAUGGUGUGGAGGGUCCCUGCUCCUGACACCCCCCUCUCCCCUCCCCAGGUACCUCUUCUCUUUUCAACAAAUAACAUGGUGUACAUAAUUAUGAUCAAUAUUGCACAUAUUUAAUAAAAACCUGAUUCAUUUUUA